GGGCGAGCGGCAGACGCGCCGCGAUGGUGGGCCGCGACAGCCGCUCCGAGAGCGCGGCGCGCCCCUGGGCGCCGCGGCAUGAGUAGCGCCCGCCCGGCCGGCCCGCGCGCCCGCCAUGGCGCAGGCCGCGCCCGCGCCCCAACGCACCCACUCCUUCGCCAAGAAGACCUUCCACAAGCCCACCUACUGCCACCACUGCUCCGACCUGCUGUGGGGGCUCAUCGGGCAGGGCUACGGCUGCGAAGUGUGCAACUUCAUAGUGCACGAGCGAUGCGUGGGGCAAGUGGUGACGCCGUGCUGCGGGGUGGCGCCGAGCCUCAUCAAGAACCCAGUGGCUCACUGCUGGUCAGAGCCGACACACCACAAACGGAAGUUCUGCACGGUGUGUCGGAAGCGGCUUGACGAACUGCCAGCUUUACAUUGUAUGAUAUGCGAGUACUACGUCCACGGGGAGUGCGUGGACUUCGCGGCGGCGGACUGCAAGGAGAACGCCACGUACUGCGCGGGCAGCGAGCCGCGGCACGUGCACCACUGGCGCGAGGGCAACCUGCCCGCCAACUCCAAGUGCGCCGCGUGCCGCCGCGCCUGCUGGUCCGCCGAGUGCCUCACCGGCUACCGCUGCGAGUGGUGCGGGAGCACGUGUCACGCAGGCUGCCGCGCCCUGAUACCCGAAGAAUGCAACUUCGGUGCCCUGCAGCCGAUCUUCCUGCCUCCGUCGGCGGUGUCCAUCCCGCGCACGGAGGUGCCCAUGGAGGCGAUCAUCGGCGUGCACGUGCGGCCGCCGCCCUCGCAGCGGGACUUCGGAUGCCCGCGCAGCGUGAGCGAAGAGUUCAGCUCGGGCUGCGAGGGCCGCUCGGGCUCCGGCGGCGGCUCCACGGGCGCGCCCGCCGACCAGGACCACCGCCCCGACCACAAGCAGCACCGGGACAGAACGCCGGAUGAUAGAGAUGAAGAGGUAGUAAAAGUGUACGACGGCGAAGCAGCGUGGUCGAGAAGAUUAUACCGACCCGUGGUGGUGGGGCGGAACUUCAGCGAGCGGGAACUGGUGGCAGCCGCACUGAGGGCCUUCCACGUCGCCAGAGACCCCGAGCAGUUCGAGCUGACGGACGCGCUGGCUGGCGACGAACCGCCUCUCAAGGACCCCACGCCACUCGCCAGGGUCACGAGGCUGCCGAACAAGAGGCCAGCGCUGUUCUUGCGCUUCAGAGAGCCAGAGACGGGAGGCGGCGAGGUCCGCGUGUACCCCGGGCGAGUGGCGGGCGCGGGGGACACGUUCGUGACGGUCACGUGCUCGGGCGAGCAAGCCGUGGCCGACCUCAUGGCCUCCGCGCUGCAGCGCUUCGGCCUCGACCCCGCCAGCGCCACGCUCGACUACCGCUGCUCCGAGAUCCUACUCGACCGUGGAGCGGUGUCGGAGCGAGUGCUGGAGGAGGAGGAGCGGCCGUGGCGCAUCCUGGUGCGGCUGGCGCGCGACUCGGUGCGGCGCAUGGAGCUGGCGCGCUUCUACCUGCAGCCGCGCCGCGACCCGCACGGGCCCACGCUGGCGCUGUUCGUGGCCUCGUUGCCGCCCGGCCUCUCCGAGCGCAACUACGAGAACAUCCUCGUCGAGUUCCUUGGCACCGAUAACAAGUUCACAUCGAUCGGGCCCAUCUACUACGAGUACGGGUCGAUGGUGAUCACGUACGAGGACGCGAGCAAAGCUGUGCGCGCCCUCUAUGCGCUCCGAGAGGCCAAAUAUGAAGAUAAGCAUUUAUUAGUGAUGCUGCUACCCAGCAUCGAACCGUCAAUGGUGCCGGCGGGCGUGAAGCCGCUGCUAGUGUUUGUAAACGUGAAGUCUGGAGGCUGCCAGGGCCUCGAGCUCAUCUCCUCCUUCCGAAAACUCCUCAAUCCCUACCAAGUGUUCGAUCUAGAGAACGGAGGGCCUUUACCGGGGCUAUACGUGUUCCGUCACAUACCUAACUACAAGAUCCUGGUCUGCGGCGGCGACGGAACCAUCGGCUGGGUGCUGCAGUGCCUCGACAACGUCGGCCAGGACUCGCAGUGCUCCAACCCGCCCUGCGCCAUCGUGCCGCUUGGCACCGGCAAUGACUUAGCCCGCGUGCUGAGGUGGGGCUCCGGCUACACGGGCUGCGAGGACCCGCUGUCACUCCUCCGUGACGUCAUCGACGCGGAGGAGAUCCGGCUCGACCGCUGGACCGUCGUCUUCCACCCCGAGGAUAAGCAGGACGAGCCCAAAGAGCUCUCCAAGCAACUUCCAGGUUCUCAAAGUGAAGAUAAUUCUCAGAUUCUAGUAAUGAAUAAUUAUUUCGGGAUCGGCAUCGAUGCGGAUCUCUGCCUUGACUUCCAUAACGCACGAGAAGAAAACCCUAAUAAAUUUAAUAGCAGACUGCGGAAUAAGGGCGUGUACGUGAAGAUGGGUCUGCGCAAGAUGGUGGGGCGCAAGAUGUGCAAGGACCUGCACAAGGCCGUCAAGCUGGAGGUGGACGGCAAGCCCGUCGACCUGCCCGCCGUCGAGGGCAUCAUCAUAUUAAAUAUUCUUAGUUGGGGGUCGGGCGCCAACCCAUGGGGCCCGGAGAAGGACGACCAGUUCAACAAGCCCAACCACUGGGACGGCAUGCUGGAGGUGGUGGGCGUCACCGGCGUCGUGCACUUGGGCCAGAUCCAGUCCGGCCUGCGCGGCGCGAUGCGGAUAGCACAGGGCGGUCACAUCAAGAUCAACCUGAAGAGCGAGAUCCCCGUGCAGGUGGACGGCGAGCCGUGGGUGGCGGCGCCCAGCGAGGUGGUGGUGCUCAAAUCCGCGCUUAAGGCCACCAUGCUGAAGAAGCGCGGCAAGGUGCGGCGCCGCAGCACGGAGCCCGCGCUGGCCGCGCCGCCGUCGCCGCCGCCGCCCGCGCCGCCCGACUCCUGAAUCUGGCUGAGCGAGCGCCUCAUCUGACGCCCCGGGCUCAGGGCCGCGGAGGGCGCUCGCCGGGACCGCCACCUCGAACGCUCCCCUACGCAUAACAACAGAUAUGUAAAUAAAUUAUUAAACAAAUAUAAUAUAAUAAUACAAUUGACAAAAAAAAGUUUAUAGUCCU